AUGGCAUCGUAUCAUAGAGUGUUGAAGACCUUUGAUAGGUCGGUGAAGCAAAAAAGUGUAGAAUGCGACUAUGACAUUCAUCCAUGGGACGUGUUGAUAGACGGUGCGAGAUGGAAUGGAAAGAUCCGACUUGUUGGUUUCGUGGAUGUGUUCUUUCUCAUCUGUUACUCGGGUGAGUCUCGUUUUGAGCAAGGCAUCAUUAUCUAUAGACCAAUAUUCAAGAGGUAUUUUGACUUUCAGAGAGUCAAGGGAGGUCUCGACUACACAAUCACGAGUCUAGGACAUGAAGUGGGAGUCAAGACGGAAUACGAUGCGUCCCUUCUCAGGAAAUAUGUCAUCAAGAUCCGCAAAGGCAGAGAUUCCGCAAUGAAGUCGCGGAUUCGACGUGGAGUUAGCCAGCAUAACCUUUUCGAUCUCAUGCAUGAUGCGGUUCGUCUCGGAAUUAUCACGCAGGCCGAACUUAUCGGCCAAAUCAUUGGGAAGACGAUCGGUGGGUCGACCAUGGAAGAUGUCGCCAAGAAAUAUCUCGAUGCUCUCAGUGGAGCUAGGAGUUCUCAGAAUGUCGCACUGGAAGCGGACAGACAGUGA